AUGAUGAGUAUAUGUAAUUUCUUAUCCGGAGUGUGGUUCAUGCACUUCCGGCGCGUGAAAAGCAUCAGGGGAUCGCUUGAAGUAACUACAAAAUAUAAAGAUAUCAAGAUGGCAAAUAAGGUGGACUUCUUCAAGUGCUACAAUCCUAAAACCAGCGCACAAAGAUUGGAACUUCCAUCAGCCUUUAGUCUACGAUUCAAAGGAGCCGUACCAGAGAGGGCAUAUCUUGUAGAUCGAAACGCAAAUUUGUGGAUUGUGAAAAUGGCCAAAAUUGGAAAUGACUUGUUUUUCUGUGAUGGCUGGGAAAAAUUUGUUCAAGAUAACUCUGUCGAAGCAAGGGAUGUCUUUGUGUUCCGAUACGAUGGGUACAGUUUAUUUGAUGUAAAAUUAUUGGGUUUAACAGGUUGUGAUAAGGAGGGUUUUGGUGAGGCACAAGUCGAGCAAGUGACUCGUGGUCGACCCGUUCAACGUCCUCUCAGUCCUUAUGGUAAUGACAUGUUCAGAUCGGGUUUGGCUAUCCGGCCAAGAAAUCCUUACUUUGUCACCAAAAUUAAGAAAUCGAGGCCGGAUGAUUUGUAUAUCCCCAAAGAGACAAUCAAGGACUUCCAGCUGGACAACCUACCUGAAGAGAUGUUUCUCAUUGAUCCGCAAGACAGAAAAUUUCCAACGAAGAUCAAAAGAUGGAAGGAUGAGCGGGUGUGGUGCCGAGGAGGCCUGAAAAGUCUGUGUGCCGUGAACCUUGUAAGCCAAGAGGACACAUGCAUCUGUGAAUUUGUUGAUGGUGGCUUAAGUAUCAAAUUUGUUCGAGGAAAUAGUUGA